GAUGAAAUGGCACUGACCGGUGGAGGGGACGACAUGUUCUGGGUGGCCUAGCAAGAGGAGAAGAGAAGAGAGUAUGAGACUUGAACUGUGGAAGACGGGGAUUAUAAACCUCGCGGGAAAAGCUAAAGUUAAUAUUUUGCUGGAGGGGUGAUUUGAUUGAGAAGGAGAGCUAUUCUGUCUUUCGACGCCGUUGACGCCGUGCCCUCCAUUCCAUCAGUCCCGAUUUGGUCGAUCACCCAUCCAAUCCCCAUCCACAUCCGCGAAAUUUCUACUCGCACACCGGCCUCCUUCUCCAAGCUUCUCAUCAGUAUGCCUCGCGUUGCAAAGGCUUCUGGCAAGUCCAGACACGAUCCCCUCCACGUACAACUCGGCGAGGACGAGAUACAUGCGAAAUAUGGCAAAUUAUCUCGCCCAAACAAGCGCAGAAAAUCAAAGGCAGAUGAAGAUGAGGAGGAAAAUGGAGAGGUCAUUCUAGACCCCAAAACCUCAAGACGAAUCUUCGAACUAGCGAGGGACCAACAGGAAGAGUUGGAGGCCUCGGAAGGUGAUGAGGACGAUGACUUCGAUGACCGGACGGCUUUCACUGUACCUCGAAGCCAAGGCGUGAAUGAUGAGGAUGAGGAUGACAUGGGCGAAUACGACGAAGAUGAAGUGGAAGAGAUUGAGGAGAUUGAAAUAGACGAAGGCGACCUCAAAACACUUGAUGCACUUCUCCCGUCAAAUGCGGGAGAGCGUCGAACGUUGGCCGAUAUCAUAUUUGCAAAGCUUGAAAGCGGGCAGACAGAGAAGACUACCGUGAUUAAAAAAACUGAGCAAGAUCCCAGCAGACCGCCUGAUCCUGCUUUGGGUCUGAAUCCCAAGGUUGUCGAAUUAUACACAAAAGUCGGACUCGUUCUUUCACGUUACAAGUCCGGACCACUCCCUAAGCCAUUCAAAAUCAUUCCCUCCCUUCCAACAUGGGCCCGAAUGCUUGCGCUCACAAAACCAGAAAACUGGACACCUCAGGCGUGCUAUGCUGCAACCCGUAUAUUUGUCUCUCAGAUGAAACCUCCACAAGCACGUGUCUUCCUUGAGGGCGUGCUACUUGAUGCCAUUCGUGAAGACAUCGGUUUGACAAAGGAGGGUCAACGAAGGAACAAGAACAACCGGAAAUUGAACGUGCACUAUUAUGAGGCCUUGAAGAGAGCACUGUACAAACCUGCUGCUUUCUUUAAGGGAAUUGUUUUCCCGCUCUUGAACUCAGGUUGCACAUUGCAGGAGGCUGCCAUUAUCGCCUCGGUUCUUGCAAAAGUGAAAGUCCCGCUUCUACACUCAUCUGCUGCCCUCAUUCGACUUGCGAACAUGGAGUACUCCGGACCCAACUCGUUAUUCAUCCGAAUUCUUCUUGACAAGAAGCACGCUCUUCCAUACAAAGUCGUCGACGCGCUUGUCUUCCAUUACAUUCGACUUUCGAAUACGUACAAGGCUCGUGCACCAGGAGAUGUCGAUCGACUACCUGUCCUCUGGCACCAAAGUCUUCUAGUGUUUUGUCAACGGUAUUCCUCCGAUCUUACACCAGAUCAAAAGGACGCUCUACUUGAUGUAGUCAGAGCAAAUCCACACCCUCAAAUCAGCAUUGAGGUACGAAGGGAGCUGGUUAACUCUGUUGUCAGAGGAGAGCCUCGUCCAGACGCCGACGGCGAUGUGGACAUGUCUUAAGACUUUAGAUACCUCUUUUUCUGUGUAUAGACCGUGUUGUAGGAGCUUGUAGCUUUUAGCGUUUGAUUUAUCUCGGGAUUCAUUGAAUCCCAUGCCUGUUGUACCGUGACAUUCAGCAAGGUGACCACAAUAGUAUAAAGCCAUUACAUGAGGUAUAGGCAGUACAGUACUUUUCC